CGACGCGUGAGGCUUAACCGCAGUCCGCAGCAGGUCGGCCGGACCAUAGCCGACGAGCGGCGGCGGCGCCGUGAUCUCCCUCCCGAAGCUACUGGUCUCGACCGAGGGGUUAGCAUGGGGGAGGAAGACGAGGACCCCGACUGGCUCACCGCGUUUCAGGCACCAAGUACGGCGCCGGUGAUGCUUUCUUCUGGGUCUGAUGCUUCUCCCGAAGCUAGUCCUACUAGGACCACUCCAUCUAGAGAACAAGGAAACAGAGAGAAACAGGCUUGUUCAGAUUAUGCAGGUGAUAGAGAUGACCCUGAACAAAACAAGGGAAAAACUCUGUCAUUUGCUAGAAGAAAAACCCUUAGUAGUAAAAAAGAAGGACCAACCACAGAUGAAAAACAAGAUAACACUAGUUGCUCGACUCCAAAGAAGGAUAUGGUUACACUUUCAUCUGGUUCUGAUGCUUCCCAUGGAAACAGCCCUUCAAGGGCUGAUGAUGCUAAUCAUGAAGAGAACUCACUUAGCACUCCCAAGAGAAAAGGUGUUCAACAAACUAAGAAUAAAAAACGAAAAGUUGCAGGAACGAAAUCUGAUCCAGACCAAAUAGGUGGUAAGACAUACACAUCGGAACAUCAAGAGGGAGUCGCUGAGGAUGAAAUGCAAGAUAAACUUACAGGAAACCCAGUCUCCCAGAGGUUACCAUUAAUGUUUCCCGAUAAAGUUCAACGUUCAAAGGCACUGAUUGAAUGUGAUGGUGACUCGAUAGAUUUGAGCGGAGAUAUUGGCGCUGUUGGGAGGAUAGUAGUUUCAAAUGGUCCUACUGGAAGUCAGGAUUUGUUGUUAGACCUGAAAGGAACGAUAUACAAAACAACUAUAGUUCCAUCCAGGACAUUUUGUGUUGUUAGUGUGGGACAAUCAGAAGCAAAGAUUGAGGCUAUAAUGAAUGACUUUAUUCAACUUGAACCACAGUUCAAUUUAUUUGAAGCAGAGACUAUGAUGGAAGGUACGCUUGAUGGAUUCACAUUUGAUUCAGAUGAGGAGGGUGAUAAGCUCCCUGAAUCACAGGCCUAUCAAAAUGAUCAGAAUAAUGAAGAUGACGGUCAACCUAAGGCGAAAACCAAAAGAAAAGCUGAGAAACCAGUGGGGAAGGCACCGAAGAAGGCCAAGGGUGCAGGGAAGGCCCCUAAAAAGGGCGCGAGGAAAACCCAGCCAGCGAAGAGAACUAGGAAGGCGAAGAAAUGAUAUUUGUUGAUUUGUUUGCGAAAAAAUGGCUGUUGAGAACUUGAGAUAGCUGGCGGCUGAUAAUUCACUCUGAAUUCUGAUUGUCUGAAUUUGCCGAGAUAACUGAUCUGGGUCCAUCGGGUGUAACAUCAUGUAGCACUUAGGAGUAUUUUAGAGAUGAAAAAAAAGAAGAGAAAAUGUAAAAUUGCAAAGACGAUACUGUGUUUACAUACUCCAGGAGCUCUGUAUCCUCAUUUCCAUGUAGAGUUUGUAAGCUAAUACAAAAUUCUGGAGUUUUUCCAAAA